UCGCCCGGGGGAGGUCACAAGGCGUGUGACACUGAACAGCGUGCAACCCCCAAAACCAUUCACCAAACCAACAAUCAAACCUGAGCCUGUCACAGAGGCACUCUCUCGCCGAAUAAACAACGCCGACAUGUUCACGCUGAGGAACUCCCUGCUCUGCUGCCGUCAAUUGUCACGCACAUGGCGCCUGCCCGCGCCCUUGACCCGGUGCCCCGCAGUGGCUGCAAGUAUCCACACGAGUGGACGGGCGGAGGAUCCGGAGACGACAGAGAGCGCAACCUCUGAAUACAGCAUCUUUGCACCGUUGCCCGAUCAGGAAGUGCAGCCGACAUGGGCAGGGAAGAAGUACAACGACCUCCACAUCGCGCACGUCAAGGCCACGCACAACAACACACACAUACAGAUCAUGGAGAGCAGUGGCGUGUCUCUGGUGAGGACGUCGUGUGGUACGGAGGGCUUCAAGAACUGCAAGAAAGGGACGACUAUUGCGGCGCAGACCGCUGCCAUCGCUGCCGCCAACAAGGUGAUGAGGAAGGGCGUGGGCUUCGUGCGAGUGGUGGUGAAAGGCCUGGGACCCGGGCGCCAGGCGGCGAUCAAGGGUCUGACGAUGGGAGGUCUGGAAGUAGUCUCCAUCACCGACACCACCCCCAUCCCCCAUAAUGGGUGUCGUCCACGCAAAGCCAGGCGCCUCUGAGGCUGGCAGCCGCCACCACCACCUCUCUGCUCAGCCACCCCUGCCGUACCCCACAACCGCUUGCGAAGACUUUUGUUAGGAUGUGCGAUGUUCCGGUUGUGCUCUAGCACUAGUUGUCUCGUCACAAGGUGAAGAAGUGAAUCUGUCUGGGAUUCUCACGGCCGUCAGAGACUUCACGGCUACAGAAGAAGAUGUCACCGCGGGGUUCGGCAAUAACCGUCGCUCACUCACAUACAACACCACACACGGACUCUUCACGCUCUGUAAAGAACGUUCACCACCACUUGAAAGUAAAAUACAUUUAUUAUAAGAGAUGGAAUAUCCCAAAUGCAAUAAAAACCCAAAUGUUG